CUCUGCUCCGAGGCGAGCAGCGGGGACUGGCAGCCUGCCCGCACUCCCUCCCCCGGAGCUCCCACUGGGCACGAGAGCAGCCGGGGCGACAGGUCAGUGCGGAAGGAGCAUCAGGAGGAGGACUUGCGGCUCCGGGACGCCUAUGUCCAGUUCCACCCGAGGGGUGGGGCCGCCCAGGAGAGCUGGGAGCACCCCCUGACCUCGGCCGUUGUCGUGCAGGUGUUAAGCCCCACUUACAAGCAGAGAAAUGAAGACUUCAGAAAGCUCUUUAAGCAGCUUCCAGACUCGGAGCGCCUCAUUGUGGACUACUCCUGUGCACUCCAAAGAGACAUUCUCCUUCAGGGCCGACUCUACCUCUCGGAAAACUGGAUCUGCUUCUACAGCAACAUCUUCCGCUGGGAAACUCUGCUGACUGUCCGUUUAAAAGACAUCUGCUCCAUGACUAAAGAGAAGACAGCUCGCCUCAUCCCCAAUGCCAUCCAAGUUUGCACUGACUCAGAAAAGCACUUCUUCACUUCGUUCGGGGCCCGGGACAGGACAUACAUGAUGAUGUUCCGGCUGUGGCAGAACGCGCUCCUCGAGAAGCACGUCCUCCCCCUCGGCGUGGGCCCUGUGGAGGGGCUGCUCUUUACCGGGGUGCUGGCCGCUCCCAGAGGCCCAGGUUUCCUCGUGGUCCGGGAAGUCCCCCAGACGUGCUCACAGGUGAUGUCACCUGAGUCCGGGAAGUCGCCUGCCUCCCAGGGCCUGCUGCCUAGCCAGGGCCCUCCGGGAUUUGUUCCUGUCGGCUACUGCGAGGAGAUCCCUGUCGAAGAGAAUGAAGUGAAUGACAGCUCGUCCAAAAGCAGCAUAGAGACGAAGCCGGAUGCCAGUCCACAGCUGCCCAAGAAGUCGGUCACCAACAGCACGCUGACGUCCACCGCGAGCAGCGAAGCCCCCGUCUCGUUUGAUGGGCUGCCCCUGGAGGAGGAGGCGCUGGACGGCGAGGGGCCCCUGGAGAAGGAGCUGGCCAUGGACAGCAUCGUGGCCGAGAAGAUGGAGAUCCUGGCGCCGGUGAGCUCCCCUUCGCUGGACUUCAACGACAACGAGGACCUCCCCACCGAGCUCAGCGACUCCUCCGACACCCACGACGAAGGGGAGGUCCAGGCCUUCUACGAGGACCUGAGCGGCCGGCAGUACGUGAAUGAGAUCUUCAACUUCAGCGUGGACAAGCUCUACCACCUCCUGUUCACCGACUCGCCCUUCCAGCGCGACUUCAUGGAGCAGCGGCGCUUCUCAGAUAUCGUCUUCCACCCCUGGAAGAAGGAGGAGAACGGGGACCAGAGCCGCCUGAUCCUUUACACCAUCAACCUCACCAACCCUCUGGCUCCCAAAACGGCCACCGUCAGGGAGACACAGACCAUGUACAAGGCGAGCCAGGAGAGCGAGUGCUACGUGGUGGACGCCGAGGUCCUGACCCACGACGUGCCCUACCACGACUACUUCUACACCGUCAACCGCUACACACUCACGCGCGUGGCCCGCAGCAAGAGCCGGCUCAGGGUCUCCACUGAGCUGCGCUACCGCAAGCAGCCCUGGGGGCUGGUGAAGACGUUCAUCGAGAAGAACUUCUGGAGCGGCCUGGAGGACUACUUCCGCCACCUGGAGAGCGAGCUGACCAAGAUGGAGAGCAGCUACCUGGCUGAGACGCACAGGCAGUCUCCCAAAGAGAAGGCCAGCAAAGCCCCGGCCGUGCGGCGGAGGAAGCGCCCCCACGCCCACCUGCGGGGGCCUCACCUGGAGGAGGUGCUGAGCCCCGUCACCACGCCCACCGACGAGGACGUGGGCCGCAGGGCCAAGCAUGUGGCAGGUUCCACACAGACACGGCAUACCCCUGAGGACACCCCCAACGCUUUCCACCUGCAGAGCGUGUCCAAGCUGCUGCCUGGUCAUCCAGCUGUCCUGGUGCUGCUGGUCCUCCUUAACGUGAUGCUUUUCUACAAGCUCUGGACGCUGGAGUACACCACCCAGACCCUCACUGCCUGGCAGGGCCUGAGGCUCCAAGAAAGGUUACCCCAGUCGCAGACAGAGUGGGCCCAGCUCUUAGAGUCCCAACAAAAGUACCACGAUACUGAGCUCCAGAAGUGGAGAGAGAUCAUCAAAUCCUCGGUGAUGCUCCUCGACCAGAUGAAGGACUCCCUCAUCAACCUUCAGAACGGCAUCAGGUCCCGAGACUACACAUCUGAACGCGAAGAGAAGAGGAGCCGCUACCACUGACCAGGCAGGAGCAGGGCUGCCGGAGGCCUGUGCAAUACGUGUA